CAUCGAUGUGCGUAAGCGCAGCUCGCUUGUUUCGAUUUUGGCGGUUUAAGCGCAGUAAGAGAUUUAAAAUAAUCAAAAGGAUCUUUCGCAAUGGAUAAAAUCAUUAAUAUCGUUGUUUUCGGCUUAAUGAUCCAGCAUGGCUACUCCCGGAGUAUGCCCGAGGACUCCGUGGUGAGUGACUACACAAAGGAGGGCAGUGGUCCAGGGCUGGAUGUCUACCAGCAGAUCGCCAACAACAUUGCUGAGAGGAUCACUUCACCCAUCUACAGGUUUCUUGGCUACAACAACACAGAGAAAACAGAAGUCACAACCAAAAAACCGUGGGAGAAAGUGGAAAUACUCGAAACGCCAUCAGCAAAGUCGCUAGCACCAGUGAGCAACGACAUAUCCAAAGACAAAGACGUAGAGGAGCUCUCCGAUGAAGCAAUAAAGAGAAUAGACAAGAAACCGGAGAAAAUCACAUUAUUCUCUAACUACUUGCCACUUGAUAAGUUGGAACUGAAUGAUACACAAAGCGACGAUGACGACUUCGAUAGCUUCGGUUUUGAUGAUGUAGAAAGCGAUGCAGACCUCAAGCCUCGUGAGCAAGGACCUUUUGUUUUCAUAUUGGAGCUAAUUGGUAGUUUUAUACAGUUGGUGUAUGGAGCAGUCGUGUCGUUUUUUCAGAGAAGUCCGGCACAAUCUAGCUAAAGUUUAGGGUUGAAUUAAUGAUUGUGGUAAGAGUAUACGGUGCUAUAUUUAGUAUUAAGAUUUAGGUAAACCUUUAAAAUAAUGGUAUAAUUCAUAUAUGUCACUAAAUGCAUACAUGAUUAUUCAAUUAAUACAAAAAGAAUCAGUAAGUGAAAGUCGGUAUCCACAAAGAUAAAUAGAAAGGUAUUAUAAUUUUAAAACCGCAUGUCAAAAUAAAUAAAGAUUUUGACAACAAAUUAUAGAAAAUUUAUACGAUAUUGGCUGACCCAGCAAACGCUGUUUUGCCUUACUCUUAUCAUUCAGGGAUUGAAAGAUGUUGGCAGAUUCGCAGACCUACCCGAUUUACACACGAUAUUUGGUGCAGCCGUUUCGGAGAAGUGUAGAGAUUGUGUUUUCCAGUAUUAAAAUGUUACUAUGGUUUAUAUAGAUACAUAUUAAAUCUGUCUACGGUUCAUAGGAUAUAGAGUAGGUAAUUGAAUUGAAAAGAAAAUCCGCCUUUUUUGAAGUUGGUUCAAAAUUGUAAUUUAAUUGUAAGUGUUUUCCAGUCUAGUGAUCUAACUAAUAUAGUAUUUAAUUAUGAAUUGUAAUGUUGAGUUAGUUGCUAUUGAGAAUAGUCAUUAAAUGGUGCUGAACUAUGUGCCAUUUAUUCCAAAAAUAUUUAU